GUCCUAUGUCCAAAACUACUUUUUUCCGUUCUCGCCACAGGAAAUGUCACACCGUCAAAUCAUCCAAAAUCUCAUGCCACACCCCCUUCACUCCUUCGCUCCUCUCCCUCUGACGCCGCCACUGCAAUUCGGUAACUAAAUAGUUAAAAAAAUUAAGAAAAAUAAAAAAAACAGAGAGUAAAAGCAGUGACGCCAUUCCCAUUUCUAAAGCCUCAGUUUUAUAAAGAGUCCAACUCUACUUUUCUUCCCUUUGGUUUUCUGACACUUUCUCGUUUGCCGAUGGGCGCGAAAGGGAACGAUUUUAGGGUGGUUAAUUGAUUGGGCUUUUUUUUUUCGGAUGAUAUGGCUGCCGAUAACGACGUCGUUGGUCAGACUUUCCGGGCGCUGGUGGACGGCGCGGACCGGAAGUUUGCUCGGGUACGGGACGUGCCUGCGUACGGACGCGUGACGAGCCACCACUACUUCCAGAAGGUGUUCAAGGCGUACACGCGCCUCUGGAAGUUCCAGCAGGAGCACCGGGCGGAGUUGGUGAGGUCAGGGCUCAACCGCUGGGAAAUCGGCGAGAUCGCUAGCCGGAUCGGCCAGCUCUACUUCGGCCAGUACAUGCGGACCAGCGAGGCCAGGUUCCUGGUCGAGGCGUACGUUUUCUACGAGGCGAUUCUCAACAGGAGGUAUUUCGAGGGAUCCAAAGGCGCCGGGAAGGAUCUCGGGGUGAGGUUCAAGGAAUUGAGGUUCUACGCGAGGUUCUUGCUAGUCUCGGUGAUCUUGAACCGGACCGAGAUGGUGAAGGCUCUCGUCGACCGGUUCAAGGCUCUGGUUGAUGAUAGUAAAGCUGCUUUUCGGGAAACUAACUUUAAAGAAUGGAGGCAAGUGGUGCAAGAAAUUGUCCGCUUUAUGAAAGUUGAUACAGCCUUUAUGAAUGUCAGGCCUUUGCGUUAUUGUUCUGUGUUUGAUUCCCAUCAAGCUUCUCUUCCAUAUGUGGCUCGGUUCCAUGCAAAGAAGGUUCUAAAGUUUCAAGAUGCACUGCUGACAAGCUAUCACCGGAAUGAGGUAAAAUUUGCAGAAUUUACUUUGGACACUUUUAGAAUGCUGCAAUGUUUAGAAUGGGAGCCAAGUGGAUCUUUCUACCAAAAACGGCUAGUUGAAUCAAAUGGGAAUGGCACUUCAAUCGAUCAUUCUGGAGCUUCUGGACUGAUAGAUAUAAAUUUGGCUGCAGACAUGACUGAUCCAACCUUACCUCCUAAUCCAAGGAAAGCUAUUCUCUACCGUCCAUCAGUAACACAUUUGCUAGCGGUUAUGGCUACAAUUUGUGAGGAGCUCCCUCCAGAUAGUCUUAUGCUAGUAUAUCUAUCAGCGUCAGGGAAGGCUGGUCAUAGUAAUGUUACUCAGAUGGAAACCCUUGGAGGAUCACGGAAAUCUUCAAAAAACAAAAUCACUUCUCAGUACUCACAGGAGCGGAAGAGCUCUAUGCCUGAAUUGGGUACUAAUCAUAAGGGAGAGUCAAGUAGCUAUGAUGAUGGUUAUCUGUGGUUUGGUUCAAGAGGAAAUGGUGGUUCAAACAACCUCUACCCUGGUGAUAUAAUUCCUUUUACCCGUAGGCCUCUUUUCUUGAUAAUUGAUAGUGACAACAGCCAUGCAUUCAAGGUUUUACAUGGUGCGGAGAGGGGAGAGCCUGCUACUCUACUUCUUUCACCUCUAAGGCCAGCAUUCAAGAACCCAUCAAAUGUUGAUAUAUUAACGAAUGGAAGUCAGUUUACAUUUUUCUUGACUGCUCCUCUACCAGCAUUUUGCCAAAUGGUUGGCCUCUCCCCUUCUGAUACUGAUGCAGAUGUUUACAAUGAUGCCGAGAACAUACUCUCGACUGCCUUCUCUGAGUGGGAAGUCAUACUCUGUACACCAACUAGCAUGGAUAUAGUUUGGGCACAAGUGUUAAAAGAUCCAUUUAUUAGGCGGCUUAUUCUAAGAUUCAUAUUCUGCAGAUCCGUGCUUUCCCUAUUCUGCCCUUCAGAAGAUAGUGAUCAAUAUCUGCCUGUUUGCCUACCUCAUCUACCUAGUUCCGUCUCUCCGAAUUUUGACGUUGUGCGUUCUUCUGUCCUCCGGCUUGCAAAGCACUUCAGAGUUGCUGACUGUUUUCACUUCAAUGACACAUAACUAGGACCAGAAAUGUUAAAGCAAGCUUGUAAAUUACAUCGGCCGGUAUUAGGUUCAUCAAUUUAAUGGGGCAGUGAGUAUUAGAAUCAUACCAGGGGCUUUUCAGGGUACUUUAGGAGGAAUAUAAUUGAUCAAUGGGGGGUGGGUGGCUUCUUCAGCUGGCAAUUUAAAGAGUAUAUGUUCGAGUGUGGUUGCUUCUGCUGGUUUUAUUGUCUACUUGCAACCCUGUUGCUUCGUCAGUCCGUAUGCUGAAUUUGUAUGGUGGUUUGGUGUUCAGGGCAGAUGGGUAUUUGAUGAUUUGUAGGGUGUGUGUGAGCAUUGCAAGUUAAUUGUUACAGGAUUUCAAUUUAGUGCUAAUUGUUUAUACCACUGUAAAAGAAAAUCAGGUAGUCAAAUGGUAUAAUUUUACCCUUUUUCAGAGGAAUUGUUACAAAUAUUCUUGGAGAACUUGCUCAUAAAAAGCAUGUUUUUUUUUUUUUUGAUAAGUAAAGAGCAU